AUGGGUGACAAUGGGCUGGGUCAGGUAGUCUCCUGGUACAUCUGCACUAUAGCUGUCGUACCCUUUGUGGCAUUGCGCAUGUACUCGCGAUGGACUCGUAUGGGUAGACUGGCUAUCGAGGACUUCCUCAUCAUCCUUGCUAUGUGCUGCCUCAUCGGCGACCUUGGCAUCCAGCAGCACAUGUGGAACUUGGGCUUGGGCGACAUGUCGACCGUGACGCCUGAAAACUUCAAGGGAAUCAUGCAAAUGAUUGUACCUGGAUCCAUCCUUUACGUCUCCUCGCUUUGGGCAGUAAAAUUCGCCCUUCUAUUUUUCUACAAACGCCUCGCCGUACCGGGAUCGAGGCUUAUCUUGAUCUACAACAUCGCACUUGGUGGACUGGCCGUGACGUUCCUUGUCAUUUUCUUCGAUAUUUUGUUCCAAUGUUAUCCGUAUGACAAGCGCUGGUCGAGCGACCCAAAUUAUCAAUGUGACCCCAGAGCUGCUCAGAUUAACUACUGGAUCACGAUCUUCUUCAACAUCUUCUCGGACGCCAUUAUCAUUGCGUUGCCGAUCACAAUGGUGUCGAGGCUGCAGAUGAAGCUGAAGCAGAAGCUCGGUGUAGCAGGUGUCUUCGCGCUUGGAUUCUUCGUCAUCAUCUCGAGCAUAAUUCGAGCAUACUAUUCCCAUAAAAAUGAGACAAUGCUCACCUGUACGGUAUCCAUGGUCGAGACGGCCAUCGCUAUCAUAGCCGCCUGUCUGCCUGCACUCCGUACCAUGAUCAUCGGCGGUAGCACGAACGGUCCGAGCAGCUAUGGCAAGCAUUACGAGCUCAGCUCUACUCGCCGCAAGACGAUGGACCCCAAUCGCCUGGGAGCUAGCGGCGGAGUUAUCUCUGCUGCUUCGGGCUCUCGCACAAACAAGUCACACCACAACCCAAAUGGUUCUGAGGACUCCCUGGUCAAGGCCGGUUUGAGCGUUGGUCUUGAUGGCAGAGAGAAAAUCAGGGUGGACACUACGAUAGAAACGAUGUAUGAGGACGACAGGAAGAGCAGGGCUGAGAGUUCGAGGAGCGAUAUUGAACAAGCGCUCUGA